AUGGAAAAGGGCCGAGUGGUUGUCUUGGACAAUGGAGGAGCCACGUGCAAGAUAGGCUUUGGAGGGGAGGCGGAACCGGUGAAGGUCAUUCCUAACUUCGUGGCUAAAGCCAAGAGCCUGAAACGGCCUUUUGUUGCUGACCUAGUCGACACGUGUCCAGACAUCAAGGGUUUGGGCGUGCUGAGGCCCGUUGACCGGGGCUACGUGGUCAACUGGGACCUACAGCGAACCAUCUGGGACAGAGCCUUCUCCGGUAUUCUCAAGGUACAACCGUCCAGCACGUCCCUAUUGGUAUCAGAGCCGCUCUUCAGCCUGCCGGGCAUCCAGCGCAGCAUGGCGGAACUCGCCUUUGAGCACUUUGCCUUCCGCUCCUACCUCCCCGUCCCCUCCCCCGUGCUUGCGUACCGCCAUGAGGGUGUGUGUGUGUGCGUUGCAGCAUGUUCUCUUCUCUGGCAGUCCUCAGUGCUCCGUGACUCACCACCAGCACCACAAAUGCCAUCAUUGCUUGCCACGUCAUCAGCUGCUGCUGCCAGCUCAGCAAUGGCGCUGGAGGCGGGCUGUGGGCUGGUGGUGGAUGCUGGCUUCUCCUUCACCCAUGCCGUGCCCAUCUGGAACAACAGACCGCUGCUGCAAGCUGUCAGGCGCAUGAACGUGGGCGGCAAGGCACUGACGAAUGUGUUGAAGGAGGCGGUGUCGUACCGCGCAUGGAACAUGAUGGACGAGACGCUCAUCAUGGACCAUGCCAAGGAGCAGCUCUGCUUCGUGAGGUCUCUUCUCCCCUCCCUCCUCCCCUCCCGCCUCCCCUCCUUCUUCCCCUCCCUCCUCCCCUCCCACCUCCCCUCAACCCUAAACCCUAAACCCUCCUCCUCCCGCCCUCUGUGCUUGUGCUCGUGCUCUUUCUUCAGGAAACGGGAUGCCAGCAACAUAUUCCGGGCAGAGUACUUGCUGCCCGACGGGGUCACUCUUCUGCGCGGGCAGGUGAAAGACCGCACAGCAGCGAUGCAGGCAGUGAAGGCCCAGGAGGAGCUGUGGGAGCAACACUUAGCAGAGGAGGUGGAAGAGGCAAGGGGAACGAGAGGGGGAACGAGAGGGAGGAAACGAGGUGGGGCUUUGCUAGAGGGUAGGACGAGGCGAGGGUGCGAUGGGGUGGAUAGAGGGGAGGAAGACGGGGAGAUGGGGAGGAAGAGAGGGAGAAGCGGGUGGAAAGGGGAGCGGGGGGAUGAGGAGGGAGGACGGAGGCAGCAGCAAGGUGGCAGGGGUGGGGAUGGUGGGAUUGCUGGUGGGGAUGAUGAGGAUGAGGAAGACGAGGAGGAGGAUGAGGACUGGGAUGAGAGGAAAGGGCGAGGCAAGGCCAAAGGUGGUGCUGCUGCUGCCGGUAGUGGUGGUGGUAACAGUGGUGGUGCUACUGCUGCUGGUAGUGGUGGUGGUAACAGUGGUGGUGCUGGUGGAGGGGCGAGUGUUGUGAUGCCACCACCAGCCAACAGCAGAGGUGCUGCUGGUGGUGGUGGUCCGGGCAGCAGAACUGGAGGAAGCAGCAGCGAGCAGCCGGAGCUAUCACUGGCAUCGGAACGCUUCAUGGUGCCGGAGGGCCUCUUCCACUUCCUCUUCUUCAGAAUAACCACUUCCUCUUCCACUCAACUGUGUUUCCCUUCCCGUCCCCACUCUCUCCCCCCCUCUCUCCCAUCCCUUCCCCAGGAGCUAUCACUGGCAUCGGAACGCUUCAUGGUGCCAGAGGGCCUCUUCCACUUCCUCUUCUUCAGAAUAACCACUUCCUCUUCCACUCAACUGUGUUUCCCUUCCCGUCCCCACUCUCUCCCCCCCUCUCUCCCAUCCCUUCCCCAGGAGCUAUCACUGGCAUCGGAACGCUUCAUGGUGCCGGAGGGCCUCUUCCACUUCCUCUUCUUCAGAAUAACCACUUCCUCUUCCACUCAACUGUGUUUCCCUUCCCGUCCCCACUCUCUCCCCCCCUCUCUCCCAUCCCUUCCCCAGGAGCUAUCACUGGCAUCGGAACGCUUCAUGGUGCCGGAGGGCCUCUUCCACUUCCUCUUCUUCAGAAUAACCACUUCCUCUUCCACUCAACUGUGUUUCCCUUCCCGUCCCCACUCUCUCCCCCCCUCUCUCCCAUCCCUUCCCCAGGAGCUAUCACUGGCAUCGGAACGCUUCAUGGUGCCGGAGGGCCUCUUCCACUUCCUCUUCUUCAGAAUAACCACUUCCUCUUCCACUCAACUGUGUUUCCCUUCCCGUCCCCACUCUCUCCCCCCCUCUCUCCCAUCCCUUCCCCAGGAGCUAUCACUGGCAUCGGAACGCUUCAUGGUGCCGGAGGGCCUCUUCCACUUCCUCUUCUUCAGAAUAACCACUUCCUCUUCCACUCAACUGUGUUUCCCUUCCCGUCCCCACUCUCUCCCCCCCUCUCUCCCAUCCCUUCCCCAGGAGCUAUCACUGGCAUCGGAACGCUUCAUGGUGCCGGAGGGCCUCUUCCACUUCCUCUUCUUCAGAAUAACCACUUCCUCUUCCACUCAACUGUGUUUCCCUUCCCGUCCCCACUCUCUCCCCCCCUCUCUCCCAUCCCUUCCCCAGGAGCUAUCACUGGCAUCGGAACGCUUCAUGGUGCCGGAGGGCCUCUUCCACUUCCUCUUCUUCAGAAUAACCACUUCCUCUUCCACUCAACUGUGUUUCCCUUCCCGUCCCCACUCUCUCCCCCCCUCUCUCCCAUCCCUUCCCCAGGAGCUAUCACUGGCAUCGGAACGCUUCAUGGUGCCGGAGGGCCUCUUCCACUUCCUCUUCUUCAGAAUAACCACUUCCUCUUCCACUCAACUGUGUUUCCCUUCCCGUCCCCACUCUCUCCCCCCCUCUCUCCCAUCCCUUCCCCAGGAGCUAUCACUGGCAUCGGAACGCUUCAUGGUGCCAGAGGGCCUCUUCCAUCCCUCCGACCUGGGAAUGGGCCAGGCAGGGCUGGCAGACACCAUGGUGGCGGCUGUGAGCGCUGCUCCUCGAGUCAUCCACCCCCUGCUUCCCUCCACCCCGUCUGCCCCCCUCUUGCUGCCAGGUGUCAGCCAGGCAGGCCUCGCAGAGACAAUAGUGGCGGCUGUGACUGCUGCUCCUCGAGUCAUCCACCCUCUGCUCUACUCAAAGGCACUGGAGUUGCGACCCCUUGUGCCCGACUCACUACCCAUUAACAUCUCUCUCUCCCAAAGGUUCGAGGUGACUUUUGAGUCGACUCAAAAGUCACCUCGCAAGGUGCAUGAUCCCCUGAUCUCCCUUCAUCACUCCAUGCAUGCCACUUUUGAGUCGAGGUGA